AAACCGAGCGAACAAAAAUGGGAGUGGAGGGAGCCGUUGGCGAAGUAAGCGCAGCAUCCCAGUCGUCACGUGACACCAUCUACUUGAAACGUGGCUGGAAAAGCUGAGUUUGCAGGAUGAAGAGGAUAUUUCUGCUGCUUUGUGUUGGACUAUUCCAGUCCCUCUGCUCAGCUCAGAUGCCCGAGGAGGAAGGUGGUGGAGAGGAGGAAGUGGUUGAACUGUUCACCACCCCUGCUACCAGGAUGGGUGCUGCGGUGUCAGAUUUUGGCUACAACUUGUUUCGCCAGCUGGAUUCACAUGACUCGACAGCUAAUGCAUUUGUGUCGCCGUUGAGUGUAUCUAUUGCACUUACACAGCUGUCAAUGGGAGCAACAGAGCAGGCGGAGAGGGAGCUGUACAGGGCUUUGCGAUAUCACACCCUUCCGGAUCUGAAGAUACAUGACACACUGAGGGACCUGCAGCUGGCACUGAAGUCACCUGGGAAAGGCUUCGUCUCUAUAGCGCGUCUCCUUCUGCCCAGGAGAUUGCGAUUGAAACCCGACUAUCUUAACGGCGUGGAGAGGUCUUACGGUGUGAAACCUUUUACACUUUCCGGAACACCUCGUGAUAUGAAGGCAAUCAAUGAGUGGUUUAAGAGUGAAACGGGCGGGAAGAUUACUCCAUCAAUUGGUUCACCAAAACGAGGUGGAGGGAUCAGCUGCGUGGGAGCCACAUACUUUAAAGGUAAAUGGCAGACUCAUUUUAGCCAGGCCAAUCAAAUGGAAGAGUUCCAACUUGAUGGAGAACAGCCUGUACGUGUUCCCAUGUUGCGCCAGGCAAAUUACCCUCUAAAAAUGGGAAAAGACUCAGACAUUGGUUGUAUGAUGGCACAGAUUCAGAUGGAAGAUGGAGUCAGUAUGUUUGUGUUCCUGCCAGAUGACGUCACAAAGAAUCUCACACUAAUAGUGGAGGCGUUGACAGCGGAGUUUGUACAGGAUUUGUCCAUGAACCUUCACCAAACUGAGGCAGAGCUUGUACUUCCAGCUCUGAAGCUCAAUUACAACACGGACCUGGUAUCCUUACUGCCUAAUUUGGGGCUCUCUGACUGGCUGGCCAAUACGGACCUCGUCAAAAUCACAUCUCAACUCGCCAAACUCUCCGCUGUCCAUCACAAGGUUGUCAUGGACGUUUCCCCAGAGGGGUCGCAACGUGUUGCUGCGAGUGGUGUGCAACAUGUGACUUACAAGGUGGACCGUCCGUUUGUAUUCUUAAUUCGCGACGAGCCAACAGGCACCCUUCUACUGGUCGGCAAAGUGCUGAAUCCACAGAAGUAGAGCAAGCGUGUUUGUUGCUCAACUCUCGCAAAUCCUGUUUUGCAUGUUUGCAAAUAAAAAACUCAGCAGUAUCUGUCUGUCUGUCUAUCUGUCUAUCUCUCUGUCAGUCUGACUAUCUAUCUAUCUAUCUAUCUAUCUAUCUAUCUAUCUAUCUAUCUAUCUAUCUAUCUAUCUAUCUAUCUAUCUAUCUAUCUAUCUAUCUAUCUAUCUAUCUAUCUACAGAAUCUAUCUGUCUAUCUAUCUAUGCAUACACCAUGAUGUAUUAGUGUGGAUUUUUCACACAUUAUGUAUACAUUUCAAUGAACAACAUUUCAGUGAACAACAAUGGCAAACAAUAUUUCAAUUAUACAGAUAAAGAAUUCACCGUC